AUGUUUGAUAUUGAAGAAGAAUUUCGAAAAUUUCAAAGUGCUCCAAAAUAUAAUUUAAAUAGUGAUGAAUUAUUUUGCAUAUGUCGUAAAAUAGAUAAUGGAGAAAUGAUGAUCGCAUGUGAUGGAUGUGAAGAAUGGUUUCAUUUUAAAUGUAUGAAUAUUGAUCUAAAUUAUCAAAACUUAAUUCAAAAAUUUUAUUGUAAAUUUUGUGAAUGGAAAGAAGUUGGAAAAACAUUAUAUAAACGGAAAUGUCGAUUACAUGAUUGUUACAAUCCAAUAAGUAAUGGUCUGAAAUACUGCAUUGAAGAACAUGGGAAAAUAUUCAUGAAAUCGCAAUUAUUUAGAUCUGGUGAUCAUGGAUUAAGUUCAACUAUGAUUAAAGGUGUUUUGGAUUAUAUUGGAGAUGAUGUUGAGAAACUAAAACAACUAGGUGCCUCAUUUCCUGAGUUACCUGAGGUGAUAAAAUACAAAGACACAAAAGAAGCUGAUUCAUUUCCUGAUGAUGUUAAAUCAGAACUUGAGAAAACUCAAUUACAAGAUCAAGAAGUAGAAAAGGAGAUAAAACAACAAGAAGAGAAAUUGCAAAACCUACUUGACAUGAAAGAAACUAUUAAAUUACUAAAUGAGAAGUUGACACUAUUAGUUUAUCCAGAACAACCUAAAAAGGGACAAAAGAAGAAAGUUGAUUUAUGUUUCUGUCAUAAACUAAAUGAUGGAGAAAAUAUAAUAAAGAAGAUAUAUGAAUCAGAUGACUUAAUACAAGAGAUACCUGAUUACGAAGAGGACUGCUUUCAUUCAGUGUGUAUAAAAGAUCGAAAGAAGUGUUUACGUCAUACUGGAUGGUGGAAUUUAUAUUAUGAUGAAGUAAUUAAAUUAUUGGAAAGAUUAAAAAUGAAAAGAAGAAAUUUAAAUCAUCAACAAGAAAACAUACUACGUAAUUAUUCAAAAAAAGUAUAUGAGAAUAUAUAA